AUGAGGGGAACUGCUUGGGGGGCUGUCUGGGCUGGCCUCAUUCUCUGUGCCCUUCUGGGACUGGCGUGGGGUGGGCGGCAAAUGGAUAAACUAGCAGACAAGAAGCUUUGCGCGGAUCCUGAAUGCAACCAUCCCAUUUCUAUUGCGGUGGCCCGGCAGGAUUACAUUGCCCCCGACUGCCGCUUCAUCCACAUCCAAAGGGGACAAGUGAUCUAUGUCUUCUCGAAGCUGAAGGGCCGUGGACAACUCUUCUGGGGAGGAAGCGUGCAGGGUGACUAUUACGGGGUGCAGCCUGCCCGCCUGGGCUAUUUCCCCAGCUCUGUGGUCCAGGAGAACCAGUAUCUGAAGCCGGGCAAGACGGAGGUGAAAACAAAUAAGUGGGACUUCUACUGCUCGUGA